AUGCUUGGCUUAUCGAGGGAUGGCUCGUCCGAUAUCGGUACUUCAACUAGUGAAGAUAUUUCCUUAUUGUUAGAUGACCAACGUGGUGUUGCUUUAGGUGAAUUAGUAAGAUACAAGGUUCGUGUACACAAGUCUAAGUUAAAAGAUAAUACAAUUAAUGAGUUAUAUAUUGCGCUUAAAAACAUUGAAUCGCCGCUUCUCAGGCCAGUGUACCUAACUGGUCCAUAUUCUCUUUACGUUGAUAUUCGACCCCAUAAUUAUUGCGGCUUGAGGGAGUUCAACGGUGAUGAUCUACAAUUCAUAGCGGACAUGAAACCCGACGAAACGUUUGAUGGAAUUCUGAGGCUAAACGAUGAUGCUCGUGUUGGUGAUGGGGAUGUGUAUGCAUGGACAAUUGAUGUUCUUUCACAGAUGACGGUUAUGACCGGUCAUGCGGUUCGAUAUCGGAUGGUAGUUAGCUAUUCAAGUUUAGGCAUUCGAGUGGGAAUGAAGCAGGAUCGCAAAGUGCUUGAAGCGGUUGAUUGCUUUGAAGUAGAGAUUUUAAAUACGGAGCAAAUAUGGAAUGCUGCACCUAAGUUUCCAAGUAGGCCUAUUCAUUUGGUGUUUCUUACCCAUGGGGUAUUCUCUAACGUUGGAUGCGACAUGUUAUAUAUCAAUGACAGACUGCGAGAGGAAUUUGAGAAUGUGCAGGAAAGCGAUAACCCCAAUCUAGUUAUUAGAGGGUAUUUUGAUAAUGCUGGGAAGACCCAUAAAGGAGUUGAGUAUCUUGGCAGUCGUCUUGCAGAGUACUUUAUAAGCACGAUAGAUGAAUUGCGGCAAGAUUACAAGGUUUCUAAAGUAUCUUUUAUUGGUCAUUCUUUAGGAGGAGUGGUCCAGGCUGCUGCUCUGCACUUUACAUAUCUUAAGCGCCCGGAGUUAUUCGAUGUCUCAAAGUCAGGAGUGGAACCUAUAAACUUUAUUGCCAUUGCCAGUCCCUUCCUGGGGGUCAUUGGUGAUGUUCCCAUGUAUGCUUCCUUUGCAUUGGAUUUGGGGGCCCUUGGGAAAACUGGCAGGGACUUAAAUCUAAAGAAUGACCUAGUUCUGUUCCGUUUUAAGCAUAAAAAGAAUGAGGAACGUCGGUCUAUCCUUGAGGUUAUAGCUACUGGGCCGGCCCAGUCUUUGUUUCGCAGCUUGGCUCAUCGUACUUUGUAUGCGAACGCUACUCACGACGGAAUUGUCCCUCUGCGAACUGCAGCUCUGCUGUAUUUGGACUGGUAUGGCCUACAAGCCGUCAAUUGUAUUAAAGAGAAGGAAACUGAGAAGGAAAAGGAGAAGGAAAAGGAAGGAGAAUCAGAUAUGUCUGUUGAAAAGGAUCCUUUAAGCGCUGACACUGUAGAAAUACCCAUUGAAAAAGAAGGAAAAACUCAAGGGUCAAGGUGGCUCCUUCCAAGGAAUGUGCACCGUAAAAGUAAACAUAAAUGGUAUAAACGAUCACAAACUAUUCGUCCUGGUAGUGCUUCUAUCUGGGAUGAUGACAUUGAUUUCCAUCCACCUACAAAGGCAUCCGCCUUAAUGUCUGCAGCUAAUAUUUUGGUUGCUCCUUUGCCCAAACAAGAGUAUUUAAAAUCGCCAUCAACUCGUACAGAUACGAUUUUUCACGAUAAAGUCUACUAUCCAGAGGAAUUGCCAGCUCCACACUACAAGGAUAGGGAGCUAGUAAAGAAGUUAAUUUACCCUAAUGAUAGAGUACAUCGAAUACAGGAAAAUAUAGCGAGAGGAUGGCAAGAGACAAUGAGCUGGAGAAAAGUGCUCGUGAGUCUACAACCUGAAACUCACAAUAACAUCAUUGUAAGAAGACGCUUUGUGAACGCAUUUGGAUGGGUCGUUAUUGAGCACUUAGUUAAAGAACAUUUCAGCAUUUCAGCGAGCUAA